CAUAACUUGCAGGAAGGGAAACCUCGACUCUUCAGUCUCGAACUUGAGCUUAGCCUUCGCUGUUAUAUAGAUUCUUCAAGAGAAAGAUACUUUCGACGAUCUAGGGUUUCUUCCAUUGCUUGCUUGCUUUCUUGAACCAUUUACCUUCUCAACUAUGGAGCAACAUCCAAACAAUACCAGUGGAAGUGGGCCCGCCAAGGAAGAGUCCACCGUGAAGGUCCCGGUUAAGGAUCCGAAGAAGAAGAAGGAUGAGAAGAAGGACGAAGAUCUUCCGGAGGAGGAUUUGGCGUUAAAGCAGCAAUUGGAACUGUAUGUAGAGAGAGUGCAGGACUCCGACCCAGCAAUUCAGAAGGUUGCCCUCGAGAGCAUGAGGCAGGAGAUAAGAACUUCAACUAGCUCUAUGACCUCAGUUCCAAAGCCCUUGAAGUUCUUACGUCCACAUUAUGUUACUCUUAAGUCUUAUUACGAAACAAUGGUUGAAUCAGAUUUGAAGAAAUUCCUGGCAGAUAUACUUUCUGUUCUGGCAAUGACCAUGUCUGUAGAGGGAGAACGGGAAAGCUUAAAAUAUAGAUUGUUGGGUUCUGAAGGUGAUAUUGGGUCAUGGGGUCAUGAAUAUGUGAGGAACUUGGCUGGAGAAAUUUCACAAGAGUAUGCUAAAAGACAGAGUGAGGAGGUUCCGUUUGAUGACCUUAUGGAACUUGUCCAACAAAUUGUUGCUUUUCACAUGAAGCACAAUGCUGAAUAUGAGGCUGUAGAUCUCUUAAUGGAGGUUGAAGAUCUUGAUUUGCUAGUCGAGCAUGUUGACAGUACAAAUUAUAAGAGAACCUGCUUAUAUCUCAACAGUUCAGCAAGAUAUCUUGCAGGACCAGAUGACAUGCUAGUUUUAGAUAUUGCCUACACGAUCUAUAUGAAGUUUGAAGAGUAUCCUCUUGCACUUCAGAUUGCAUUAUUCCUGGACAACAUGCAGUAUGUGAAGCAGGUUUUCACGUCUUGCACUGAUUCGUUAAGGAAAAAACAGUUAUGCUACCUGCUUGCGCGACAUGGAGUAACCUUUGAGCUUGAUGAAGAGGUGAUUCCAGAUGAUGAAGAAAGGGAGGCAUUGCAAGAAAUCAUCAACAACACCAAGCUAAGUGAAGGAUAUCUUACCCUUGCUCGUGAUAUAGAAGUGAUGGAGCCGAAGUCUCCUGAGGAUAUUUACAAGGCGCAUUUGCUUGAUGGCCGAUCUAGUGCUGGUGCAAGCAUUGAUUCUGCUAGACAGAACUUAGCAGCAACAUUUGUCAAUGCAUUUGUGAAUGCUGGUUUUGGUCAGGACAAGCUAAUGACAGCUCCAUCAGAAGCUUCCAGCGCUACUCCCUCUGGGAACUCUGGGAACUGGCUUUUCAAGAACAAGGAACAUGGAAAAGCUAGUGCAGCGGCUAGUCUUGGUAUGAUUUUGCUCUGGGAUGUGGAUUCUGGACUUUCUCAAAUUGACAAAUACUUUCACAGUAAUGACAACCAUGUUAUAGCUGGUGCUCUGUUAGGAGUUGGUAUUGUGAACUGUGGGAUCAAGAAUGAUUGUGAUCCUGCAUUGGCUCUUCUAUCUGAUUAUGUUGACAAGGAAGAUUCUUCUGUCAGAAUUGGUGCUAUUAUGGGUCUGGGCCUUGCAUAUGCCGGUGCGCAGAAUGAGCAGAUUCGUAGUAAGUUGACUCCUAUACUUGGAGAUGCUAAAGCUUCUCUUGAUGUUAUUGCAUUUACUGCAAUAUCACUAGGCUUGGUAUAUGUUGGAUCAUGCAAUGAAGAGAUUGCCCAGGCUAUAAUAUUUGCUCUGAUGGACAGAAGUGAAUCAGAAUUAGGAGAGCCACUCACUCGUCUUUUGCCACUAGGACUUGGUCUUUUGUAUCUUGGGAAACAGGAAAGUGUUGAGGCGACUGCUGAGGUUUCAAAGACCUUCAACGAAAAAAUCCGAAAAUAUUGUGAUUUGACUCUGCUUUCCUGUGCCUAUGCUGGGACUGGAAACGUGCUCAAGGUGCAACAUCUCCUUGGGCAAUGUGCACAACAUCUUGAGAAAGGAGAAACACACCAGGGACCAGCUGUACUUGGGAUUGCUAUGGUUGCAAUGGCCGAAGAGCUGGGUCUUGAAAUGGCUAUCCGUUCAUUAGAGCAUCUUCUGCAGUAUGGGGAGCAAAAUAUUAGAAAAGCUGUUCCUUUGGCUCUUGGUCUCCUUUGUAUCUCGAACCCUAAGGUCAAUGUUAUGGAUACAUUAAGCAGACUGAGUCAUGAUACGGAUUCCGAAGUAGCAAUGGCUGCAAUUAUCUCAUUGGGGUUGAUUGGUGCUGGAACAAACAAUGCUAGAAUAGCUGGCAUGCUUCGUAACCUGUCUAGUUAUUACUACAAAGAAGCUACCCUUCUCUUCUGCGUGCGCAUUGCCCAAGGUCUUGUCCAUUUGGGGAAGGGAUUAUUAACUCUGUCCCCUUAUCACUCUGAACGCUCUUUGCUUUCCCCGACUGCACUAGGUGGGAUAAUAACGCUGUUACAUGCAUGCCUUGAUUUGAAAGGCAUAAUCUUGGGGAAAUACCAUUAUGUUCUUUAUUUCAUUGUUUUGGCAAUCCAGCCAAGAAUGCUGAUGACGGUAGAUGAGAAGCUGAAACCUCUUCCUGUGCCAGUUAGGGUAGGGCAAGCUGUGGAUGUAGUUGGACAGGCAGGUCGACCCAAGACCAUCACAGGGUUCCAGACCCAUUCAACUCCGGUUCUUCUGGCUGCUGGCGACAGAGCAGAGCUUGCCACAGACAAGUAUAUAGCUCUAUCUCCCAUCCUUGAAGGCUUUGUCAUCUUGAAAGAAAAUCCAGACUACAGACCAGAGCAGUAAUAUAGCUUGUUUCUUCCAUAGUGUUUGGAAUUUUUCAUUCCUGGCCUUUUUCCAGGGUGAUUGUUUUUAUAGAGAGAGUCUGUCUGUCUGUCUGAUGCUUUGGCAGCAAGAAGAAGACACUUUGGGUUUCUAGGGAGAAACACUCCUAUUUUAUUAUGUUUAGGGGAGUGACUGAACUGCUGCUAAACAUUGUGGCAUGAUAGUUUUUCAGUGGUGUGUGUGUGUGUACAAGUAAAAGUAGUUUUGCAUAAACAUUCUUAACUAAUAUACUAGGCAACUACUUUCAACCCAACAGAAAGUCAAUAUCUCUCUCUUAAAAUCUUUUA